AUGUCGCCUGAAUAUGCAAUGCGCGGGCAAUUCUCUGUUAAGUCCGAUGUGUUUAGCUUCGGAGUUUUAGUACUGGAAAUCAUGAGCGGUCAAAAAAAUAGGUCUAUCAGGAUCGGGGACAAUGUGGAGGAUCUUUUGACUUUUACAUGGAAGAAUUGGCGCGAAGGAACGGUUGAGAAUAUGAUAGAUCCUAUCUUGAGAGCAGCUGGCACGGGUUCAUUACGGGACAUGAUAAAGUGCAUUCACAUUGGCUUGUUGUGCGUUCAAGAAAAUGCUUCAAAAAGACCACCAAUGGCUUCGAUUCUUAUAAUGCUGAGCAGCUCCACCAUGAAUCUGCCUGUACCUUCGGAGCCAGCGUGUUUUAUGGACAUUUCACUCUUUGAUAACUGUGAUGAUUCGAACUCGUCGGAUGCUAGCAAAAGAUUGAAGGCCAGGACGACUAUAUCUGAGGGCUUGUCUAUAAAUGAUGUAACAGUUACUGAUUUAUAUCCCCGGUAA